AUGAGGCAAGUACACUCAGAUCACAGCCACGAGGCAGUGGAGCACAAGGGCUGCAAGGGAAGCAAAACCACCCCAGCAGGGAGUCUACGAGAGGGAGCAGUCUGCCUUCUCCAUGGGGGAGUCUGCACUAGGGGUGAAGUGUUUGUGAGGCCCUCCGGGACCCAGGAUGAAAUGCACAGCAGGUUGAAGGAUGACAGGCCAGAGACAAGACAGGAGGGAGCCAAGACACAGCUAGCUUGUUUUAUCAGGCUCUAUCGGUUCAUCUCGAGUAGAGAACCAUUUAAAUCACCAGAUCCCUGACACCCACCCCCAUUCUCACCUAGCGGUUGGAAUGACCAGGUUGGCUUCAGGGCUUGGUCUACACGCUUACCAUCUUCCUCUGCCUGCACAGAUAGCCUGAGCAGGUCAGUGAGUCCCUCCCAACAAUGUCCUCUGUGUUCUCUCAGCUCGCAAGCACAGGGCAGCCCACGUGGUUGAGGGUGUGCACAUGC